GUUUCAACAUUAGAGAGAGUGUGUGUAUAUGUAUGAAUUAGAAACACGAGAAAACAAGACCAACCAACGUAAGCCACUUUGAAGAGAGAGAUAGAGAGAGAGAGAAGUGUUUUCUGAGGUUGUCUGUGCGUCCAUGGCUGCGGUUGGGCAUCCACUCUUACUUCUUCUGUUCUCCUGUCUUCUAUGCGUCACUUCUUGCCGAGGGAGAGAGAAUUCGAAUAAUCAUUUCUGGAACGAUAAAUAUCCGUUCAUAAAAUACGCCAGCUCCUACUCCUCCGCUUCCUCUUCCUCCUCCUCGUCGUCGAGCUCCGCCGUGGGCGGCGGCGGGGCUAGGGAUUAUGAUUACAUUAUAGUGGGCGGCGGCACGGCGGGGUGCCCCUUGGCGGCCACGCUGUCGCAGAACUUCAGUGUUCUUUUGCUGGAGAGGGGCGGCGUGCCGUUUGCCAACUCAAACGUGUCGUUCAUGGAGAACUUCCACAUCACCUUGGCCGACACCUCGCCGUCGUCCGCCUCUCAGGUCUUCAUCUCCACCGACGGCGUCUUCAAUUCCCGGGCCAGAGUCCUCGGCGGCGGCACUUGCAUCAACGCCGGCUUCUACACUAGAGCUAGCCCAAGUUAUAUCAAGAAAGCAGGGUGGGAUGCAAAGCUGGUGAAUGAAUCCUACCCAUGGGUAGAGAAGCAGAUAGUUCACAAGCCAAAGUUGACCUCAUGGCAAGAAGCAUUCAGGGAUGGCCUGCUAGAAGUUGGGAUUUCACCUUUCAAUGGCUUCACAUAUGACCACAUCUAUGGAACCAAGGUUGGAGGCACCAUUUUCGACAGGUUCGGGCGUCGCCACACCGCUGCAGAGCUGCUGUCAUCAGCCAACCCUGCAAACCUUGAGGUUCUGGUGUAUGCAACAGUGCAGAAAAUCAUGUUCGACACGUCGGGGAAGAAGCCGAGGGCGGUGGGAGCCGUCUUCAAAGACGAAAACGGGGAUCAGCACAAAGCAUUUCUGUCAAGGAAGAGGGGAAGUGAAGUUAUAGUGUCAUGUGGAGCAAUAGGGAGCCCUCAGCUUCUGAUGCUCAGUGGGAUUGGACCAAAGGCUGAGCUGCAGAAACUCAACAUACCUGUGGUGCUCGACAACGAAAACGUCGGGAAGGAGAUGUCCGAUAACCCUCUCAACACGAUCUUCGUUCCCUUGAAACAACACGUCCCUCCCUCGCUGAUCGAGACUGUGGGAAUUCCCCGGAUGGGGGUGUACAUCGAAGCUAGCAGCGGGUUUGGACAGUCCCGGGAUAGCAUUCACUGCCAUCAUGGCAUCGCCUCAGCUGAGAUAGGGCAGCUUUCAACCAUUCCACCUAAGAUGAGAACAAAGGAAGCAGUGGAAGCAUUCAGGAAAAGCAAGAAGAAUCUUCCCCAUGAAGCAUUUAGGGGAGGAUUCAUACUCGAAAAGAUCGCGAGCCCCUCAUCGAGAGGGGAGAUUCAGCUCAAGAACACGAAUGUGGAGGAAAACCCUGCUAUCACUUUCAACUACUUCAGCCACCCGGAUGAUCUGAAGAAAUGCGUGGAUGGGAUCCGGGUUGUGGAGAAGAUCGUGAAGUCCAAACGCUUCUCCAACUACAUACAAUGCGACAAGGAGACGCUCGACAGGCUGCUCAAUAUCAGCGCCCAAGCUAAUGUUAACCUCAUCCCGAGACACACCAAUGACACUCAGUCCCUGGAACAGUUCUGCAAAGACACUGUCAUCACAAUUUGGCACUACCACGGUGGCUGCCAUGUUGGCAAGGUCGUGGGGCCCGAUUAUCGGGUUCUUGGCAUCCACAGGCUCCGCGUGGUUGAUGGCUCCACCCUCACUGAAUCCCCCGGGACGAAUCCUCAAGCCACUCUACUAAUGAUGGGCAGAUACAUGGGAGUGAAGAUACUACGAGACAGAUUAGGAAACAAAGCUGGCGUGUAAAGACACAAAUCACGUAGCAGUUAAUUAGACUAAGCAUUUUUUUUACCCAUCCCGCGUUUUGUCUGGCAUCAUGUUCGGGUGAGGAUCAGCUGCUGCUGUCGUUGUUGUAAGCAAAUAUGGUUCUAGUCACUGUAAUUGUUGGCAACUCGGUUCAAUGUAGUCUGUAGAGUAACGCUUGCUAUAAAACAGUAUUCUGCUGCUUCGUCCAUACGUAUUUUAUCUCCAGAAUGUUUGCUCGUUUUCUUGAAA